GUUCAAAAAUUUCAAAAACAAGUGUAUUAAUAAUUGCCAAGCGCUAACAGGCAAAGGAUCACAAUCAUUAUACGUUCAAUUAUUGACUGUGGUAUUGUUGUUUGAAAUAAUAUUUCGGUGUUUGGCAGUUCAGUACAGUUUUUGAUAAUUGAAGCUGCUGUUCAGGAAUUAACAAGAAUACGCAACUAUGAGUUUGCACGGAUUAACUACAGGCUGUAUCGCCGAUAUUAUGUGCGGAAAUGAGCUAGAUCAACCAGUAGUACAAAUAUUGGGUUCUAAGCGGAUUGCUGGCGGUGGUGAUCAAUCCGAACGUUUCCGGCUUCUAAUUUCCGAUGGAGUUAACAUGUAUAGCUUUGCUAUGCUAGCUACUCAGCUAAACGACUUGCACCAGAGUGGACAGUUAGCAGAAUAUACCGUGAUUCGCAUCAAUCGCUACAUCACUUCGAUCGUAAAUCGUGGCGAGCGCGGAGAAAAACGUGUGCUCAUUAUCCUCGAACUUACUGUGGUUAAACCAGGUGCGUCUGUUGGUGAAAAGAUAGGAAACCCACAGCAGCUGACAGAAGGAACAGCUAGCACCAAUAGCACAGCCGCCCCGCAGCGUCGCCCAGAGUCAGCCGGUAGUAUCAGUGAUGGAUCCGGAUACCAAGCUCGCUCUUCGAAUGUUGAUGCACAGAACUCUACAGUGUUUCAGAAUAGUUUAAAUCACCCGAUCAGUUCUCUCAGCCCCUACCAGAAUAAAUGGGUUAUCAAAGCUCGCGUCAUGUCUAAAUCUGCAAUUCGCACCUGGAGCAAUGCUAAAGGAGAAGGAAAACUGUUUUCCAUGGACAUAAUGGAUGAGUCGGGAGAAAUACGUGUCACUGCGUUUAAGGAGCAAUGUGAUAAAUUUUAUGACUUGAUUCAGGUGGACAAAGUUUACUAUAUAACAAAAUGCCAACUAAAGCCGGCUAACAAACAAUACUCGACAUUGCGAAACGAAUACGAAAUGACGAUGACUAACGACACAAUCAUACAAGAGUGUAAAGAUGAGGACACCUCUGUACCAACAAUUCAGUACAAUUUUGUGCCAAUCUCACAAAUUGCGAACAUGGAAGCAAAUGCGAUGGUUGAUGUGAUUGGUGUUUGCAAAGAAGUAAGCGAGGUUAGCCAAUUUACGGCAAGAGCAUCUGGCCGAGAAUUGAAAAAGCGGGAAGUUACGCUCGUUGAUACAAGCAAUGCUACUGUCCAGCUCACGUUGUGGGGAGAGGAUGCAGUAAAUUUCCCAUCCUCAUCGAAUCCAGUUGUAGUACUCAAAGGAGCCCGCGUUUCUGAGUUCGGUGGUGGCAAGUCGCUUGGAACGGUUCAAAGCAGCGUAAUGAAACUCAAUCCUUUAAUUAAUGAGGCGCACAAAUUGCGCGGAUGGUACGAUAAUGGAGGCAGUGAUAGUGUAGUUAAUAGUGUUUCGGCACGGACUGGAGCCGGCACUAGCUACUCUACCGAAUGGAUAACAUUCCACGAGGCUAAAGAGAGGAAUCUCGGUGGUGGUGAUAAGCCAGACUAUUACCAAACAAAAGCUCUCAUUCAUAAUAUUAAAUCCACUAAUGCAGUCUAUAAGGCAUGUCCGCAGGCGGACUGUAACAAGAAGGUAGUUGAUCUGGAAAAUGGUAUGUAUCGGUGUGAAAAAUGUAAUACCGAUUACCCGAAAUACAAAUAUCGACUUUUGCUAAACAUGUUGGUCGGAGACUGGACUUCAAAUCGCUGGGUUACGGUAUUUACUGAACUAGGAGAACAGUUACUUUCCAAAUCAUCACAAGAAGUAGGCGAAGCUCUUGAGUUUAACAAGGAAGAAGCGGAGCAAAUUUUUUCAGCCAUCUAUUUCAAUAGCUACGUUUUUAAACUGCGAACCAAGGUAGAAUAUUUUGCUGAUGCACCAAGAAAUAAAAUUACCGCUGUUGAGAUCAAACCACUUGUUCACAAGGACUACAACGCACAUUUGAUCAAGAACAUCCAGGAGAUGACUGGAAUCGGUAAGAAGUAAAUGAUAGUUUGUAAUCAUAAGUUGUAUUUCUGUUGUUAUCCUUUCCACAAACAUUUCGUAAUAAAAAUAAACCAUCUUCUACUUACUAUUAAAUCUACUUUAUUUGUUGAUUAUAAAUAC